GAUACCGUAUACAUAAGGAAUUGAUACAUUAACAGCAUUUAAAGAUCUAAACCAAUCUCAGCAGAUAUAAGCUUUGUUGUAUGGGUUUAUCGUGACAAUUUUUUGUUUGUCGUUAUGACUUAAAGGUUCACGACCUAUUACAGACUUGUCAGAGCGCAAGAACCCCUUUGCUGUUAAGAUGAAUCAGUGAAAAAAUCCAGAGAAGACGGACUCCAAUAUCCCGGAUAACUGUGUAACCAGAAGCAAUGGCUGCUGAAAAAAUGAACGGCGGAAACGAUGACGUCAAGAACAAGAUGUGUUCUCAUCAUCCAGAUAGAAAGUUUGACAUGGUAUGUAUCACAUGCAAGGAUGAGCCUAUAUGCCGGAAGUGCAUCAGUACUACUCACAUCAAACAUACAUGCGCAGAAAUGGAGGGAUACUAUGACACAAAGAAGGAUUCGUUCCUUCGACUCGUACAAAAAGCUGAUGCUAAAGUCAAAGGAAUGAAUGGUAAAAUGAAACGAUUGAAAAAACUUCAAGACCAAAAUCAAAAGACCAUUGACGAAACGGUCAAUGAAGUGAAAGUACGAGGAAGGGAGCUAAAGAGUAAAAUUGACAAAGUAACCGAGAACUUGAUAGAUGAGUGCAAAAGUAUAGGUACGAAAAAUGAUGACGCCAUGGCAAAGUUAGAGGAAACACUAGAAAAAUCAAUGAACGACUUAAAACAGACUAUACAGAAAUGUAAGAUAGUGAUAGGAUGUGAAAAGUUUGAGGAAUAUGCAUUGAUGGAACGAAAUCUGAGAUCGCAGGUCCUCAGGAAAGCAGAACAGCUUCCUGUUCUUAGCACACCAAGUUUGUCGUCAAAUGUGGAAAAUUCAAGCUGUGAACAACUCCAGAAUGCGUACGGAUCUCUUAGCAAGAAGGACUGGCGACUCGAUAAAAUGGGAAUGUCAGAAGAGGAUUUCACACCAGUUGUCAACCAACCAGCUCAAAAGCCAGCUAAAUUAUUUACCGUAUCUGUCUUAGCAUCAUUUGAGCUGUCUGCGCAGAAGUACAUCCGGUCGGUCUGGCCAGUAGACGAGCACAAGUCGUGGGUGAUCUGUGGCGGAAGCAACGAAGCCCACUUAGUUUCCGCUAAAGGUGACAUGGUGCAGACCUCAAAGGUGGACGAGGGUGUAUGGAUUACGGAUGUGACGUGCACAGCGGACGAAAGCAAGACAAUGGUCUGUUGCGGGGACGGAACAAUCAGAGAGAUUUUACCCAGUGGUGAUUGUAAAACUAUGUUCCACACAGAGUGUUACGCUAACAGUCUGAGCGAAGCAGAACAGGAGGGAUGCGUCACCGUAUGUCGUCACCGGGAACAAAAUCUCGUGAGGGCAACUUUUAAGGGCAAGAUAAUGCAAACGAUCAAUUUCGGCGCGGAUGGAAAACCGCUGUUCUGCAAACCAGUUUGCAUUCGCGUUAACAGAAGCAAUGGCGACAUGGUGGUGUUAGAAGCCAAUUCUCCACGUCAUGUCGUUGUAUUUGACAAAGAUUUGAAUCUUCUCACUCGUUACCAAGGAAAUGGAGAGUAUCUUGGGGAACAUGAUGAAAACGGCUCAGACCAAGACGAGUUCCAGCCAUGGGACGUCUGCUUCGACCGUCAGGGUAACAUCAUGAUUGCAGACGGUCGGACUAAAUCUCUGAUCCUCGUGGACAGGCACGGACAGACGAUACGCACCUUGUUUGAUGACGACAUUGGGCCAACCUGCAUGGGCAUGUGCAAAAACGGAGAUAUGUGGGUCGGCUUUGAUUAUGGCAAUGUUAAGGUGAUAAGAUUCGCUAACACGUCCUAAAGGAUAAAAAGAACAACUUCUCUUGACUUUGUGUUGAUAUGAACACAGGAACAACAAACGGCUCAAACAACUAAUAUUGAAAUGGCAUUGUCCGGUUUUAGAUGGGAUUGUGUGGCGUGAGUACCCAUGAAUUUGAUGACUAUCAGGGCCAACAUUUAUGAAACUAUUUUCGUGCUUUAGCAUGCAUCCUGUGUUCAUACCAUUUUUUGUAAUACGCUGAAAUUUUGAGACUAUGGCUUAAUCAAAAAGUUUGAAAACCACCUGAAAAACAUUAAUGUGUUCAAAUUUCACAACAUUGUAUCUAAUUCUUAAGAGAUAAAAAAAAAAGGAAUAAUUGGUCAUUGGAACAAAGAAUUGAGCUUGAGCACAGUGUUUGAAUUUGAACAUCACAAUGCUUCUGAAAUCAACCCAGGGGUUUACCUGGCCCGGCACAAUAUACUCGCUCGUAGCGCGUGUCGAGUUCACUGUAAGAGGGCAAUAUGCAAUAUUGACUUUUCAUCUCGGAGCUGUUGCCCAUUCUACAGGCUAUUGUCUCUCUAUACAUUGUAUUUCUCAACUUCUGUUGGCGAAUCUACCUGUUCGGAGUGUAUAACUGGCCGUUUGUCGCUAUUGCUAUCGAUUACAUUUGUGUGCCCCUAUAAAUUUCUAAAUCUAACAGAAACAUGUGUGAUAUGUAAAUUGCAAUACCUGAUUAGUAUUUAUAUCACAACAUUGAAAUUGCUCACAUAUGGUGAAUGUUGUCCUUACAAAACAUUUUUUUUAUUGACAUUAAAUUAAUUCAAUAUUGAA